AGCUAUAUAUGACAUAUAGGAAUGAUUCUAGACUUGAGAUCAUAAACUCUGACUAUCCUACUAAUUUUCUUGCCUGAACUCAUCAUAAAAGUUAUUUCCUGAGCGAGCUGCUUUUUCAUCGGCUUUCUCUGUUCCUGAAUACAUAUUGACCAAUAAGCUUCCGUGUAUAGCGCAGCCGAAGCCGGCCGUUAUGACGAAGCUGGAUGCCUGAGGCUUGUCCAUGGAAAAGUUCGAGAUAGGUCUCGAAAAAAAGAGAAGCACGAGCUAUUCCGCUAGUUGCUCGUGACGUUUCACUCUUCCCUCGUUGCACCUUUUGCAUUUCUCUGUAUUUUUUUUUUAGAGUCAGAUGAAUUCUUGCAGUUCAAGAUGAAUCCUAGUUUGAUAUCAAAGGCCGCCGCUCCUGCGCGUGUGCUGGCGCAAAAUGCACCUAAGAUUCAGUGUUUAAAGAAAGGUGCCCAGCUUCACACUGCGGCAUGGCGGGCCGGCUCUCAAAACCAAUCUUCUUUGAGGAAGAGGACUCGAGCUCCUUCAGCGAAGCGGUUGUUCCAUGCUACAAAUGCCGUCCAGCAGAAGGAUCCUUACCAGGCUCUUGGUGUUAGUAAGAGCGCAUCGGCCGGCGAGAUUAAGAAGGCAUACUACGGCCUAGCGAAAAAGUUCCAUCCCGAUACGAAUAAGGACCCCCAGGCCAAGGAUAAGUUCGCCGAUAUUCAAUCCGCAUACGAGAUUCUGUCCGACCCCAAGAAGCGCGAGCAGUACGACCAAUUCGGCGCCGCUGGCUUCGAUCCCAGCGGGGGAGGUGCCCCAGGUGGUGGUGGCGGUUUCGGUGGAGGGCAUCCAUUCUCUGGCUUUGGAGGAUUUGGUACACAAGGAGGAUUCGGCGGCUUUGGCGGACAGGGAGGUUUCGGAGGUGGUGUCAACUUCGAGGAUAUAUUUUCAGCAUUUACCGGACAACAAGGCUUUGGCCGCCGUGGACGACAGCAAGCUCAUCAGCAGGAGAUCUUGGUCGGUGACAAUGUCGAAGUUCAAGCUACUAUCAGCUUUAUGGAGGCGGCGAAAGGCACCAGCAAGACGAUUUCGCUCACACCACUCAGCACAUGCGGUACAUGCAAGGGUAACGGCCUGAAAGCCGGCACAUCGAGGAGUGCCUGCAGUGCUUGUGAUGGAACUGGAACUCGAGUACACUUCAUGCAGGGUGGCUUCCAAAUGGCAUCUACUUGCGGAACUUGUGAGGGUACCGGUACGGUUAUUCCCAAGGGAGCUGAGUGCAAGACAUGCUCAGGAGAUGGUGUUGUGAGGGAGAGAAAGUCAAUCACGGUGGAUAUCCCUGCCGGUAUCGAGGAUGGUAUGCGACUUCGAGUUGACGGUGCUGGUGACGCGCCUGCUACUGGCCGAUCUUCCGACCCCAAUGCUCGUGGCCAGAACGGAGAUCUAUACGUCUUUAUCCGAGUUGCCAAGGACCCCAAGUUCCGUCGAGACGGCUCCAACAUUCUUUACACUGCCAAUAUUCCUCUUACAACUGCCUUACUGGGUGGCCAUGCAGAGAUCCCUACUCUGGAUGGAACAGUCAAUGUCAAAGUUGCCACUGGUACCAAUACUGGUGACAAGAUCACACUUCCUGGUAUGGGAAUGAAGCGUCUCGGUUCUCGACGUGGUGUCAACGGUGAUCUCCGGGUCGAAUACCGAGUCAGUAUGCCCAAGUAUCUGACGGCCAACCAGCGAACUAUCGUUGAGUUGCUUGCCGACGAAAUGGGUGAUAAGACCGCCAAGCGUGUGAUGGGCGUCGGUUCUUCAAGGUAAGGCACUGAUUGCAGCCUGAUCAAUUUGAGCAUUUGAUACUGACCAUUCAAGGGACCCAAAUGACCCUGAAUCGCACAAGAAUGAGGGCUUCCUCAAAUCGCUUUGGCACACACUGACCAAUAAUCCCGCUCACCAAAAGGCGGAUGAUGAUUCAAGCGAGAAUGACGGCUCAAGCAAGAAAUCUGAUGAUAAGGAUAAGAAAUAAAUAACUUCCGACUGAUGAUGAUAUGUAUCAUAUACUGGGGGUAUUAUUAAAAUUAGAGUGGGAGAAGCGCAUUUGUUGGUGUUCAAAAGGUUCAUAUUUUUUGUAUGGCGUCGGUGGAGGGUUAUGAUAGCCCAACUACUCAUGUAGAUCUGCCAACUACAUCAGAUCUGUUGUAUACUAAUCCUGUAGUAUAGAAGAGGAGCUGGGAAGCUCCAACGAGGCCACUCUCCUCAUUGAAUUGCAUUUCAAGUCACUUGAAGGCGCACGUUGGAUGAAUGAUACUACGAAUACGUCACGCGGUCUACGUCAAUAAUACACGUUCAGGUUGAACUUACCGUGCUGAAAACCGGCGUCUCCAGAGUCGAGUGAGGCAUGAAACCUGGGGGCACCUUGUCUGACUUGAUUAGAGUCCAAACCGUUCAUCAUAAUUAUUUAACUCACAUACCAGCGCGACAUUGUGUAGUGUAGCCGUGUCCCUUCGUGCUGUCUUCCCAAUAAACUCCCGCGAAAUACCAAGGUCUCUAGCCGAUGGGCUUGAGCUUCUUCUUCUUUUUCUUCUCGCCACCCGAUCCUUUCUGGAAUUGUCGCCAGCUGCUGAUCCGCUCAUCCCGGGUGGCUUCCCAAUCCUGUUCAUGCUGUCGCUUGCGCUUACGCUCUUC